AUGGCCCGCCGCUUCAUCGCCACCGCAACACACCAACCCGCUCCCGCUUUCAACGCGUCCCGAGCUGCCGCCCCCUUUAUCGCAGCAACAGCAGCAGCAACAGCAGCUACCGCAAUCACAGCAUCAAGAGCCGCACCAAAGCUUGGCCGAAUCGGCAAAUGGUACCUUCCCACCAUGGCAGCCGUUGCCUUUGGCAUGCUCUAUAUCCCUGACACACUCUUCAUGGAGCCUUCCAAGCGCACCGUAACCCUGGAUCAAGCCAACCGCUUCAUCGGCAUGGGCAUCGACCAGCAUCUCUCAGACCACAACCGCCGCGCCAACUACGGCUACGAACUCACCCAGGAAGAGAGGAACCAAGCCAUGCUCGACUCGUACGGCUCCCGAUCCAGUCUCGAUGACAUGGAGAAGGCCAUUGCAGGCUACGAAGCAACGAGACCCAAGGGUCCGGUUGAGCAAAGGAGGGCACUUGAGGAUGCCUAUGGCGAGAGGAGCAGCUUGCACCAUUUGAGGCGAGCGAUGCAGAUGUAUGAAGUGCAGUGA